AUGGCCGCGUAUCUCGCAAGAAGACUGAUCCUCGCCCUGUUCACCAUCUGGGUGAUUUCGAUAUUGACGUUCGUAAUCAUCGAGCUGCCCGCGGGCGACACCGCCGACGCCGUCAUGAACAACCUGAUGGACACGGGAUCGACCGGAUACAGCCCCGAGGUCGCCGAGAACCUGCGGCGUUACCUGGGCCUGGACCAGCCCCAGUACGUCAGGUACUUUAAGUGGAUUGGGAACCUGCUCAGGGGCGACCCCGGCUUCUCCAUGACCCCCCGUUCGGGCCCCGACGGCAUCAGGCCGAUCAAGGCGCAGAUAGGCGACCGGCUGUGGAUCACGGUGGCGCUGACCGGCUUCACCGUCCUGGUGACGUGGACGUUCGCCAUACCCGUGGGCAUAUACUCGGCUGUCCGCCAGCACUCCGUCGGCGACUACGUAUUCACGCUGGCGGGGUUCACGGGCCUAGCUGUCCCCGACUUCCUGCUCGGCCUCGUGCUCAUGUACAUAGGGUUCGCCUACUUCAACCAGAGCGUGGGCGGGCUCUUCUCGGCCGACUACCAGAACGCCCCGUGGGACCUGUGGAAGCUGUGGGACCUGCUGAAGCACCUCUGGAUACCUGCCGUCGUGCUCGGCACGUCCGGCACCGCGGGGCUCAUCCGGGUCAUGCGCAACAACCUGCUCGACGAGCUCCGCAAGCCCUACGUGGUGACGGCGCGGGCGAAGGGUGCAGCCGCCUGGAAGCUGAUCCUGAAGUACCCGGUGCGCGUCGCCAUCAACCCCCUGGUCAGCACGGCGGGCUACCUGCUCCCGUCACUGGUCAGCGGCAGCAUCAUUGUCUCGGUCGUCCUCAGCCUGCCGACGCUCGGCCCCAUCCUCCUCAGGGCCAUCCAGCUGCAGGACCCCUACACCGCAGGGUUUAUCAUACUGAUGCUGGGCACGCUCACGGUGAUCGGCACGCUGGUUUCCGACGUCCUCCUGGCCAUAGUGGAUCCGCGAAUCAAGAUCGUCGGCCAGUAG